AGCGAGGGGCGGGCCCGGCGCGGCUGCCCGGCCGGCUGCUGGAGGCCCCGGGCCGGGCCCGCGCCGCGAUGGCCCUGGUGACCCUUCAGCGCUCUCCCACGCCCAGCGCCGCGUCGUCCUCCGCAAGCAACAGCGAGUUGGAGGCUGGCAGCGAUGAAGAACGGAAGUUGAACCUCAGCUUGAGCGAGAGUUUUUUCAUGGUGAAAGGAGCUGCCCUCUUCCUACAGCAGGGAAACAGCCCCCAGGGCCCGCGGAGUCUUCAGCACCCUCACAAGCAUGCAGGUGACCUGCCCCAGCACCUGCAAGUGAUGAUCAACCUUCUGCGCUGUGAAGACAGAAUCAAGCUGGCCGUGCGCCUAGAGAGCGUCUGGAGCGACCGUGUCCGCUACAUGGUUGUGGUGUACACCAGCGGGCGCCAGGACACCGAGGAGAAUAUCUUGCUGGGAGUUGACUUUUCCAGUAAGGAGAGCAAAAGCUGCACCAUCGGGAUGGUUCUUCGACUCUGGAGCGACACCAAGAUCCAUCUGGAUGGAGACGGCGGGUUCAGUGUGAGCACGGCAGGCAGAAUGCACAUAUUUAAGCCGGUGUCUGUCCAGGCCAUGUGGUCUGCCCUGCAAGUGCUUCACAAGGCCUGCGAAGUGGCUCGGAGACACAACUACUUCCCAGGGGGGGUGGCGCUCAUCUGGGCCACCUACUAUGAGAGCUGCAUCAGCUCAGAGCAGAGCUGCAUCAAUGAAUGGAACGCCAUGCAGGACCUGGAGUCCACAAGGCCGGACUCCCCCGCGCUGUUUGUGGACAAGCCAACCGAGGGGGAAAGAACUGAGCGCCUCAUUAAAGCCAAACUCCGAAGCAUCAUGAUGAGCCAGGACCUUGAAAAUGUGACCUCCAAGGAAAUCCGAAAUGAGCUGGAGAAGCAAAUGAAUUGCAACCUGAAAGAGUUCAAGGAAUUCAUUGAUAACGAGAUGCUUCUCAUCUUGGGCCAGAUGGACAAGCCCUCACUUAUCUUCGAUCAUCUUUAUCUUGGCUCCGAGUGGAAUGCAUCCAAUCUGGAGGAGCUGCAGGGCUCAGGCGUUGACUACAUUUUAAAUGUCACUAGAGAGAUAGACAAUUUUUUCCCUGGCUUGUUUGCAUACCAUAACAUCCGAGUGUACGACGAGGAGACCACCGACCUUCUCGCCCACUGGAAUGAAGCUUAUCAUUUCAUAAACAAAGCGAAAAGGAACCAUUCCAAGUGCCUGGUCCAUUGCAAGAUGGGCGUCAGCCGAUCUGCGUCCACCGUCAUAGCGUACGCCAUGAAGGAGUUCGGCUGGCCCCUGGAGAAAGCGUAUAACUACGUGAAACAGAAGCGCAGUAUCACGCGGCCCAACGCAGGCUUCAUGAGGCAGCUGUCUGAGUAUGAAGGCAUCCUGGACGCGAGCAAACAGCGGCAUAACAAACUAUGGCGCCAGCAGCCGGCAGAUGACACCGACACCGCAGCAGAGCCCAGUGAGCUCUUGCCAGAGACCUUGGAUGUUGCCCUGGACACUCGGCUGCCCUGUUUGGAUGAUACCACCCACCCUGGGCUCCCGAGAAGCCUGGCCCCAGGAGGACCCUCCCUCCCCUGUUGUUUCCGAAGACUCUCGGACCCCCUCCUCCUUCCCCACCGUGAGGAUGUGGGCGACCUGGUCCACUUAGAGGACCUUGAGAGGGAUGCUUUGUUAGCGGAGGAGGCGGAGGCUCAGCCAGCGGAGGUGCACAAGUUGGUUCAGCAUCCCCCGGAAGGCCCCAGGCCGUGUGAGAAGGAUGUGAAGAGGAGACUGGAGUUUGGGAGCCCCAAAGGCCGCAGUGGUUCCUUGCCUCAGGUGGAGGAGCUGGAGAAGGAUGGCAGCCCAAGAGCAGGGAGGUGGAGGGAUGGCUCCACCCAGCUUGAUAGAAGUUCCCUUGACCAGGAAAACCUUAACAACAACAACAGCAAGAGGAGCUGUCCCGAUGACUUUGAGCGUGAUGCCGUGUUUGGAAUCCUCAGCAAAGUGAAACCUCCUUACACAUCCUGUGCCGACUGCAUGUACCCCGCAGCUGGCGCCACUCCUGAGGCCUUCAUGGAGCGGCAUGAAGACCCCAGCUCCUCUGCCAUCUGCACCCAGCCAACCUUCCUCCCCCACGUCACAUCUUCCCCAGUGGCCCAUGCGAGCAGCAGGUCCCGAGCUCCAGAGAGGCCGGUCUCCAGUCCAGCCAACACCUCUCCGUUCCUACUACCAGCAGGCUCCAAGAAGCCAGAUGUCAGUGGCUCUGGAGCCGGAGCUGCCCCGGAACCACCAGCAAGCCUUCUAGAGCCUUCCAGAGAGACCUCAAAGGCUCUUUCAAAAUCUCUCCUGUUGAAGAAUUCUCACUGUGAUAAGAGUGCAGCCAAUACAGAGGCGGCGAGGGAAGAACCGUCAAGCAAGAAAGAUCCGAAGCCGGCCAAGGACCUGAGGCUUCUGUUCAGUAAUGAAGUGGAGAAGCCGACCCCCAAUAGCUACCUGAUGCAGCAUCAGGAAUCCAUUAUUCAGCUGCAGAAGGCAGGCCUGGUCCGAAAGCACACCAAAGAGCUGGAGAGGUUGAAGAGCCUGCCUUCAGACUCACCGUCUACCUGCAGGGACAGCGCCACCAGCAGGCUGGAGGCCAGCAUCCCCGAGGAGGGCCAGGAGCCUGCACACCCAACCCUGUGCAGCCAAGCCGGGUCCGAAGAGAAGCCCGUAGGAGGGACCUUGCAGAAAAGCCCGACGUCUACCCUCCUCCGCCUAGAUCACACCAGUAACUUCUCGAGAGACUUCCUGAAGACCGUGUGCUACACCCCCACCUCCUCCUCCAUCAGCUCCAACCUGACCCGGAGCUCCAGCAGCGACAGCAUCCACAGUGUCCGAGGGAAGCCAGGGCUGGUGAAACAGCGGGCCCAGGAGAUCGAGACUCGGCUCCGCCUGGCCGGCCUCACCGUGUCGUCCCCACUGAAACGGUCCCAUUCCCUCGCCAAGCUGGGAAGUCUCAACUUCUCCACGGAGGACCUGUCCAGUGAAGCUGACACGUCCACCAUCGCCGACUCGCAGGAUGCCAAGUGCGCUCUCUCUUCCUUCUUGUCCGAACCCCAGGCUGCACCAAGGGACCCCGCUGCAACCUCCAAACCAUCAGGGAAAUCUGCCCCAGAAAACUUGAAAAGCCCAUCGAGGGUAAACAAAAGCUGACUAGCUUUCAGCUCUGUGAGGUUUUUAUAAUGUCCUGACCUACUCUCACGUCUUGAUUUGUGUUAACAACUUCAGUCUUCUGAGCUUUCCCCACUGAGAGCCUGUGAGAGGGGACACAGGUGGGGGGGCCUGGGCAACCUGGAGACUGUCAGCCAGGAGUUCCAUUCAGAUGUGUGCACACAGGCUGGGGCAGUGUCUCGGUUGUUAAGAGUGUGUGUCUGACAUGCACCAAGCCCUGGGUUUGAUCCCCAGCAGCCCAUAAACCCGGGCAUGGUUGUGCACACCGAAAUCCCAACACUGGAGGUGCACGCACAAGGAUUAGAAGUUCGGAGUCAUCCUCCGCUACAUGGUGAGUGCCAGGCCAGCCUGGUGAAGAGGAAAAAAAAAAACGUGCGCGUCCAUACAAAUUCCUCAGUUUGCAACAUGUAAAGAGCCACAGUGGUAAGGUCACUGCAGCCUGCGGUCCCCGUCAUUCCGGUCCUCGAGGGAGACUCCUCAGAGGACAACACAAGGCCUACCUCUCUGCUCACUGUGCAUUUUGUUUAUAAAGUAAUAAUGACCAAGGCUCGUUCUGAGGAACAACGCUGUGUCCAGAAGGGAUUUUCCAAAAGAACUGGGGGUGGAGGUGGGGGAUUGGGUUUGGUUUUGGUUUUGGUUUUGAGAGGGGGGUUGCAGAAGUGUCAAGACUUUGAACUUGACAUCCCAAGAACAGCCAGGUGAUAUCAUCAGAGGAAGGCACUUAGUGGCAGUGACCUAUGUAAAACUCCAUCCUGGUGCCCACGGUCUCGGGUACGGGUUCUCAGCUGCUGGCCUCAAGCUCAUGUCACCGAGUCACAGAGGCACUUCUGAGCCUCACCUGCUGCUAACAGGGAUUGGGAUGACCUAAUCCGGAGGUGGUGGGUCUGGGGUGUGGAUCAUCCCUCUGAGACACUGUAACCCCCAGACUCGUUAGGCGCCUUCUCCACAUUUGCUGAGAGGAAGGGCAGGUCAGCAACGGGUUACUUUCUUACAGGCCCCUCCCCAGGAGCCACUCUGAGAGGAGCGAGUGUGUUGAAAAGCUACAAGGAUGUUUACAGGUGUCUCUUCCUAUGGGGAAAAUACAACACUGCUUCCUUGUCCCCAGCUCCCCCACGCUGUAAUUAUGGGGCCCAGUGUGAGUGCAGGUUAGCUCAGUGAAGCAGGAUGCUUGGGCUCUGGGUUCAAAUACCAAGCCUCACCUGAUGCCCGUCAUGAAAAGGGUUUUGAAGAGAGACAAGCAGAGAGGCAGACAGCAGAAAGCCUUGACUCGGUGUUUGGCCGACGGUGGCCCAUAGCCCUGCGAGAUUACCAUGGGCUCUGUUCAUGUUUUGGGGUUUGGGUUUGGUUUUGGUUUUCUGAGACAGAUUUUCUCUGUAGAUCAGGCUGGCCUCAAA